AUGGGAGAGACACUAGCCAGCAAGAAUCAAGAAUAUUGGAACCAUGCCUCUCAGCAUGUGUUCAAAGACAAAUGGAUUCAAGAUCUACAGACGCAGAUUUUCGACUUCCUGACGGACAACGUGGACUGGAUAGGCGUUCGGUCUUCCACAGAUAGUCGGCAGACAAAAUUGAUGGAUUAUGCCUGCGGAAAUGGCAUUAUUUCUCGCUCCCUAUACCAUCAUUUUUCCAGAUGUAUUGGCGUCGACCUGUCAGAUGGCAUGCUGGAAAAUUACCGUGCAACCGCAACAGAACUAGGCCUCGACGAGUCGCGCAUGUUCGCCGUUCAGGGUAAUCUCCUGGCUCCCACAAUCACACCGACUAGGCCUCCACUCAGCGAGGAGGAGCUGAAUGGUUUCGAUCUGGUCGCUAUUUGUCUGGCAUUGCACCAUGUCGAAGACAUCGCUUUGGCCACCAAACGUCUCGCCGAAAGACUGCGACCGGGUGGUGUACUUCUAAUCAUUGACUGGGCGACGCGCGAUGUGUCGAACGAGACUGAGGAGCAAGCUGUAGUACAGACAACUCCGUCCUCUUCGGAGAACCACCACCAUCACCACAUGCAUGAGCUAGUAGAUCCGAAAAAUCCUGCAGCGCAUACUAUCUCGCACGAUGGAUUUUCACAGAGGCAGAUAUUCUCCCUCUUCGAACAAGCGGGCUGUGGAGAGUCACAGUUUGUGCUGGCGGAUCGACUAUCGCCAGUUCCCGGCUCUCAUAGUGGGCAGAUGCAACUGUUUUGGGCUCGUGCAACCAAACUGUAA